UUUCGACUCCUCGCCUCAGAUUUCGUCCUGAGCCAAAACGGGAACAAUACGCAGCCGCCGACAUCGUUUUGACACGCGGCAGUGAUACUACAUAUUCCGCUGUAGCGCCACCAAUCGUUUCCGGUGGAAAAACCGCCGAGCCGUGUUGCAGCAAAGCAUGCUAGCGACCGCGGUGCCCGCGGCGGCGCGGCGCCUCGUCGCGCGCCCGCCGGCAGCGGCGCGGCGGCGCCUCAGCAGCAGCGCCGUCUCGCGCCACCGCCCUAUGAUGAAAUAUGGGGACAGAAGACCGGUAGCCGCGAACGAUGCGUUUGUGGCCCCCAACGCGACCGUCGUCGGCCGCGUCGAGCUGAGAGAUGAAGCCAGUGUUUGGUACGGCGCCGUUGUGCGGGGGGACCACGCCGACGUGUCCAUUGGUUCCGUAGUGAACGUCCAGGACCGCGUCGUCAUCGAGACGGUCGCGUCCCUUGACUCUGGCUUCCCCGCCUCGGUAUCUGUGGGAGACUACACUUCUGUUGGGGCCGGUUCUUGCUUGAAAUCGUGUGUGGUCGAGCACACGGUCGAUAUCGGAGAAGGGUGUAUUAUCGAUCAAGGCGCCGUCGUCCAGAACACUGUGAUCCUCGAACCGGGCACCGUCGUGCCUGCCGGCGCUCUCAUCACAUCGGGCGGCCGGUGGGCGGGCAACCCCGCUCAGCUGAUUGCUCCUUUGCCGGAGGAGGCCGCGGCGGCCAUCGUCGCCAAGGCUGAGGCGAAGCGCGUUGAAGCAGAUAAUGCGCAUGGCGAGUACGACCCCCCGGCCGGCGCUCCUUGACCAGAGUCGUUAUCGUGUAAAUAAUUAGGAUUAUAGAGUCUUUACAUCAGGGGGGUUUC